UGGGACGCACAACGGGAGUGCUAUGACUUUGAAAAGGACGGGAUCAUCUCUACACGACUACGCAGCGGCGAACUAUACACAGCCCACGACGCACCAGCCGUCACUCAGCGAUUACUGCAGACCAAUACACGCCACAAGGACGAGCUCACCGUGCGAGAACUCCGGCAGAAG